CUAGAGCAUUCGGCGGCAGCAAAGACGGGCGGCUGCUUCCCUGCCCGGGCCCUGGCGACGCUGGAGGGUGGGGCCAGGACCCCGCUGUGGGCACUGCGCCCGGGGCAGCGGGUGCUGGCUAUGGACGAGCAGGGCCGGGCCACUUACAGUGACUUCCUGGCCUUCCUGGACAAGCAGGCGUCCACGCCCACCACUUUCCACGUCAUCGAGACCCGGGAGCCGGCGCGUCGACUUGCCCUGACCCCUGCCCACCUGCUCUUCGUGGCCGAGAACUCCACGGCGCCUGCUGCCCGCUUCCAGGCCACCUUCGCCAGCCACGUGCGGCCUGGCCACUACGUGCUGGUGGCAGCGGUGGGGACGAGCCUGCGGCCGGCCAGGGUGGUGGAUGUCUCCACCCAGACAGACUUCGGGGCCUAUGCCCCCCUCACCCGCCACGGGACCCUGGUGGUGGACGACGUGGUGGCCUCCUGCUUUGCCCUGGUGCAGGAGCAGUGGCUGGCGCAGCUGGCGUUCUGGCCGCUCCGGCUCUACCACAGCCUGGCGGGCGGGCACAGGACCCAGCCGGAGGGCGUGCACUGGUACUCGGGGCUGCUGUACCGCCUGGGCCGGCUGCUGCUGGCCCCGGAGAGCUUCCACCCGCUGGGGACGGCCCAGUUCGAGAGCUGAGGGCUGCCGGGGAGAGGAGGGGUGGCCGUUGGGCCGCUCUGCAGGGAAGAGGAGCCAUCCACGCUCUGAAUGCCGCCUGCCCUAGGAAGUGUGGUUGGCUGGGCCUGUGCAGGGCCCGGCCAGAGUGGGCGGGGAGCCUGGGGCACGUCCUCCCCUGGGCCCGGAUCCCAUGUGCCAGCGUGGCUGGGCGGCACCACACGGACCCCGGCGGAGCCACCGGCCUGGGCCUGGGGGACCCGUCUCACGUCCCCAGCUACCCCAGCUGCUCCGGGAGGCCUGGACCUGUGCGGCCCGGAUGCCAGUCUCCCCCCUCUGUUGCUGGCACCAGGGCUGCCCCGGCUCCCUGCCAGCCUGGGAUCUGCCAACUGGCCCAGGGCCCCGGGGCAGGGGUGCUGCAGGAGGGGGCGCCCCAGCCGGAUCUCCAUGCUGCUAUUUCUGUGCGUGAUUCGCUAAUGACCAAGUUCCAAGGAAGGAGGGGCCAGGCGGGAGCCCCCCCAUGCCGGGGGUGAUGGCAGGGUGGGGGGUGGGGACUGCUGCAGUAGGGGCAGGGCACGGCGUUUCGGGGCGCCCAGCCCUCCCCCGACGCCGCCAUCGCUGGCCUCAGCCUGCAGCGGGGCAGGAGGGUGGCAGAGGAGAGAUCUGAGUGCCAGAGCGGCUCCAUGCCCAGCCAGGCCACUCAGCCACCUGCGCCCAUGGGCUGCGCUGGGCAGAGACCCCCUGCCGGCAGGGCAGCCCCGUGCGCCAGGUGGAAGUAAAGUCACUGCUGAGAACAAGCUGGUGCCCCCAGGGAUGG